GCACAGCCCCCCUCCCUGGAGGUCUAUGCUGCAUUUCCAGGACAGCAAGUCCCAGGGAUGGAUGGUGCCAGGUGCCAAGGGCUAGAUGCAUGGUCUGUCUGCAUUCCCCACAGGGGCGUCUUGUAGUCACCAGCAUUUGAUGCUGUCAAGUCCCCCUGUCCUCUGUGCAGACUGGGAAGCCCUUGGUCACCCUGGGGGGGUUGGGGGACCCAGGCCAGGCUGCAGAAACAUAAGGACUUGAACCCGGGUCCUGAGUGACACCAUCUUGGGUCCUCCUCCCUCUGCCUCUCUUCAGCUCCACCUUGAUGCUGACUAGGCUGGGCCAUGCGGAGAGGGUUAGGGGAUAGAGAUGGGAGCUGGGGAGCAGGGCUCCACUCUGGGAGGGGGGCAGCCUUGCCGGAUCCGGGGCAGAGUUAAGCGGCCCCAGCUCUGCUUUCCUAGAGCUGCUGAGAACCCGGGAAAUGGUGUGGAGGUUCCGGGGAGCCCUGCCCCUACCCGGCAACUGCAGUGCAGCAGGCACCAAGUUCUCCUGCACAUUGCGACAGUGUGACCCUGGGCUCUGGCGGGCGGUAGGUGGGGCCUUUGGACCUACCAGCAGUGAGGGAGUUAACACAGCAGCUGACUCCUCUAGGCAAGGAAAACUCCCCUCAGACGCUUUGCUGCCUGGCCUCCUGCCAGCAACAAGCAGGAGCUGAAAACUAGAAGUUGAGGCGUGAGUUUGGCCACUCCGUAGUGUGCACUUGGUGAGGGCAGCAGCUCGCCACAGCUGCCAGCCGUCUGUCCAUUCACCCAUCUGUCCAUCUGGCAGCCCGCUGUUCAGACCCGUCUGUCUGUCCGCCCAUCUGUAAGCCCAUCUCUGUCCCAUUGUCUAUCUGACCAUCUUUCUCUUACUGUCCUCUUUGUCUAGCUAUCUGGCCUAUCUGUCGAUCCAUCUUCGUGUCUGUCUUCAGCCCCCACCUGUUUGUCCAUCUGUCCAAUUACCUGUGAGUCUAUCUAUGCAUCUUCUUGUCCAUUCAUCUGCCCACCCAUCUGUCCCUCCAUCUGCCCACCGGCCUCCCCUCUCCUUCUAGGCCGCAGAGCCAUGGCCCAGGACUGCAGAGCCAUGGUUGGCCUGGUCCUGCUGGGGCUGGGGCUGGCGCUGGCUGUCAUUGUGCUGGCUGUGGUCCUCUCUCGACACCAGGCCCCAUUUGACCCCCGGCCUUUGCCCACGCCGCUGUUGCUGCUGACUCCAAGGUCUGCUCAAAUAUUGUACGCUGGACCCGCAGGCCCUGCAGGACAGAGACUGGCAGUCGCCAUGAAUGGGAUCGAAGUAAAGCUCUCGGUCAAGUUCAACAGCAGGGAGUUCAGCUUGAAGAGGAUGCCGUCCCAAAAACAGACAAGGAUCUUCGGAGUCAAGAUUGCUGUGGUCACCAAGAGAGAGAGGUCCAAGGUGCCCUACAUCGUGCGCCAGUGCGUGGAGGAGAUCGAGCGCCGAGGCAUGGAGGAGGUGGGCAUCUACCGCGUGUCUGGUGUGGCCACGGACAUCCAGGCACUGAAGGCAGCCUUCGACGUCAAUAACAAGGACGUGUCGGUGAUGAUGAGCGAGAUGGACGUGAACGCCAUCGCAGGCACGCUGAAGCUGUACUUCUGUGAGCUGCCCGAGCCCCUCUUCACUGACGAGUUCUACCCCAGCUUCGCAGAGGGCAUCGCUCUCUCAGACCCAGUUGCAAAGAAGAGCUGCAUGCUCAACCUGCUGUCGUCCCUGCCGGAGGCCAACCUGCUCACCUUCCUUUUCCUUCUAGACCACCUGGAAAGGGUGGCAGAGAAGGAGGUGGUCAAUAAGAUGUCCCUGCACAACCUCGCCACUGUCUUUGGCCCCACGCUGCUCUGGCCCUCCGAGAAGGAGAGCAAGCUCCCUGCCAACCCCAGCCAGCCCAUCACCAUGACUGACAGCAGGUCCUUGGAGGUCAUGUCCCAGAUCCAGAUACCUAAUAAGAUGCUGGAAUGUAAUCCCUGGACAAUCCGUGUCCUGGCAGCAUUUGGUCUUCCUCUAAGCGCCUGGCUCCGCUGUUCUCAGGAGUGGGUUCUGAAGUCUCUGGAGAAUAGGAUACGUGGAGGGCUAGGAAGGGGCCAGGCCUAGAGAUGGGAGACUCCCUCCCGGAGCAGGUGGAGGCACAGGACCAUUCGCUACCCUAUCUGCCGACACCUGCGGGGGAGCCCAGGCAUUCUUUGUAAGCCCUCCUAACUACCUGGCUCAAAGAAAACAGAAGCAUGGAGGCCGCCAAGUAUUUUCAAGAAAUAAUCCCUUGAACAUGGCAUCACUUUUUUAGAAAGAGGGGCUUGGGGCAGGCAGAGGAGAGAAGGGAGAGCAAACUGAGAGCCAAGUUUCCAGACGGUCCUGCAGGAGGAGAGGAUGCAGCUGCCCAGAGGGAAGCAGGAUCACAUUUAAGGAAGUGUGUGGGGUCCCUGGAUGACACCAGCACCCAGUGCGGCUCUGUCUGGCAACCGCUCCCAAGGUGGGAGGAGUGGGUGUCCCCUGUGUGUCAGUGGGCAGCUCCUGCUGAACCCACAGCUCACUAGGGAGCCUGACAGUGGGGCCAUGCGCCUGACACUCCUCUCUGCUUGUGGACCUGGCAAGGCAGGGAGCAGAAAACAGAGCCACUUGAAGGCUUUCUGUCUGCGUCUGUGUGCAGUGUGGAUUUAGUUGUGCUUUUUUCUUGCUGGGAGAGCACAGCCACCAUUUACAAGCAGUGUCACCCUCAUGGGUGGCGAGGACAGAACAGGAGCCUCUGCUCUCUGUACCUAUCUGGGCCCGGUGGGCUCCCCUGUCCUGGCUUCCAUCUCUGUCUCAGCGACCAUUCAGCCCUGCGCAGGAACACAUGUUGCUUAGAAAAGCCAAAUCCAGCCCUUGUCUCUGCCUCCUCUGGUCUCAUGAUGUGCAUCUAUUACCUUGAAACUGGAAACCAGUCUAUCAAUGUCUGUGCCAAUUUUUUAUUCCCUCCCCAACCUCCUUCCCCAUACGACUUUUUAUUUAUGUAGGAUGUGUGCUGUCUAAUGAUGGGAUGACCACACUUUUCCAUGUUCUAAAAGUGCUCCUCUCCCGCAGGGUCCCAGGGCUGGUGGUUGCUUUGGGUCUACAGCUACAUCUUACCCACCUCCUGCCUCAAAAGCCUGUGUGGUGGCAAAGCCGGUGUGGGGCUGGGGAACGCAGCGUUCUCCAGGAGGGGGACCCGGCUCUCCUUCUGCAAUGCAGGCAAAGGCCUAGAUGCCAGUGUGACCUCCCACAAGGCAUGGCUUCCAGACUCCCCGACCAGAAGUGAUGCUUUUUUGCCUCGGGCCCUGGGUUUGAAGCAGCCUGGCUUUCUCUUGGUAAGUGGCUGGUGUCUUAGCAGCUGCAAUCUGAGCUCAGCCACCUACACACCACCGUGGCCGACACUUUCAUUAAAAAGUUUCCUGAGA